AUGAGCAAGUCAGCAGGCUGCUGCAAGAGAUUCCUGCACUAUGCUUUUGACUACGAAACACCAAAAACGCUGGUUAUUCCCAGCUUAGGUGUAGGAUUUGUGUUCAGGUUCACCCAAUUCUUGGUGGUGAUGUAUGUGGUUGGGUAUGUGUGUGUGGUGCAGAAGGCCUACCAGGAUACAGAUACUGUCAUCAGCACCGUCACCACGAAAGUGAAAGGUUUCGCUUUCACCAACACAUCUGACACGGAGCCUCGUUUUUGGGAUGUGGCUGAUUAUAUUAUCCCUCCUCAGAGUGAUCAUUCAUUCUUUGUGCUGACGAAUAUGGUUGUGACCCCAAAACAAGUGCAGUCACAUUGUCCCGAGCUUCCAAGCCCAUCAACUACUUGUGUGGAUGACUGCAACUGUGUCGAGGGACGCAGUGAUCCCCGGGGCAACGGCAUACAGACGGGACUGUGUGAGAACUACUCCACCACUGCACGGACCUGUGAAGUGCUCUCAUGGUGCCCACUUGAAAUAGACACUAAGCUGCCUGAGCAUGCGCUGCUGGUUGCAGCAGAAAACUUCACCGUGUUGAUCAAAAACAGCAUCACGUACCCAAAGUUCAACUUUCACAGAAGAAACAUACUGCCUCAUGUGAACUCCUCAUACCUGAAGAGGUGUGAAUUCAGCCGUCUCACAGACCCACACUGUCCCAUAUUCAGACUCAAGCAUAUUGUCUCAGAGGCUGGGGAGGAUUUUCAAGACAUGGCUGUGAAGGGGGGUGUCCUUGGUAUUCUUAUUGACUGGAGCUGUGAUUUGGACUGGUGGGCAGGGGAGUGUUUACCUAAAUACAGCUUCCGGAGGCUGGACAACAAACAUCCUGUCAACAAUGUGGCCCCUGGUUACAACUUUAGAUUUGCUAAAUACUACAAGACAGCAGAUGGAGAGGAAACCAGAACGUUAAUCAAAGCUUACGGGAUCCGCUUCGACGUCAUUGUGUUUGGAACUGCAGGAAGAUUUUCCAUCGUUCCAACCAUAGUGAACUUGGGUGCAGCCUUGUCAUUCCUCAGUUUGGUGCCCGUGGUUGCUGACUGGUUUUUGGUGACUUGCUCAAGGAAACGAGAUCUUUACAGCAGACACAAAACAACACAUCUCACUGAAGAUGCAGACAGUGCAUCGGUGUCAAUGGGGACCACCUAUGGAACCCAGUAGCAGGAACAACAUUUUUCUACAGAGAAAUUGGAACCCUCAUGAAAUGAGACAUUAAAACAUCAUUUGAAUAUUUCACUAAAACCAUUAAGAUGUGAUAAUAGAAAGAAGGAGGAUAAACAAUGAUGGAGGAAGAACUCUGGCUUUUAUUUAAGUAGCAUCUACAAAACACUCACUAGUAAAAGUAUAAAUGUGUAAUCUUCAAAAUAUAAUUAUAAUACCAGCAGCAAAG